GCCCUCUCUUUGAGUCCUUGAUAUCUUUUUGACAUUCAUCCUCUGGUAUAAAAACGAUCGACCUCCCCCUUUUUUCUUUUGUUUCCUCGUCCUUCAUUCGCUUGAGAACCAUAACCGCCUCCUUCUCCUCUCCUCUCGUUGCUCAUCCUCUUAUUCCGCCACCUGCAGCUCCUCUUUCCUCCCUACAACCCAUAUACCACCUAUAUUAAUUUAUAAUUUUUUCUCGUCAUGGCUUCGCCAGUGAAUGAAAAGUCGCAGUAUGGCGACUAUGAGCCUGAUCAAAAGAUUGAAGCCAAAACUGUCGAUCUUGCUGAACAUCCCGAAGAGGAGGAGUUUGUUUAUGAGCCCCAGCAGUUCACUUGGCGUGCAUCGAUUGUCGGUUCACUUUUGGGAUGCGUUGUUGCUGCAAGUAACUUGUACUUGGGUCUAAAGAUCGGUUGGUCCUUUGGUGCUGCCCUCUGGGGUUCCAUCUUUGGUUUCUUGGUCCUUAAAUCCAUGUCCAAGGUUACCGGCUCUGUGUUUGGACCCAAAGAGAACGCCGUCUGCCAAGCUGCCGCUACUUCCUCUGGAGGUCUCUCCAACGGUUUUGUCACUGCUAUUCCCGCCAUGUACCGCAUGGGUCUUAUGGGUAGCAGAGAUCCUCAGGACCAUAUUGCUGAUCUUUUCCUUUGGACUGCCUGUGCUGCAUUCUUCGGUAUGCUCUUUGCUGUUCCCCUCCGUUCUCACUUCGUCAUCAACCAGGAUCUCGUUUUCCCCACCCCACGUGCCGCUGCUGAGACCAUCAAGAACUUGCACAGGGCCGGUUCCGCAGCUGCUAAGGAUGCUCGUGAUGCUGGCAGGGCUAUGAUGACCUCCUUCAUCUUUGCAAUGGUUUGGGCUGUUAUCGGAUUCUUCAUUCCUGGAAUCUUCACGACUAUUCACAUCUUCUUCCUCAUUGGCAAGGCUACUGGUUACGAUGCAUUGAUGAAUGCUGAUAGGGUAUGGGGCUGGGCCUUCUCCUGGGAUUGGGCCUUCUUUGGCGCUGGUUUGAUGACUCCUGGAAGCACUGUCUUCUCGUUCUUGUUAGGAGAGCUGAUUGCCUUUGGUAUUGCUGGUCCUCUCAUGACCUCUGCCGGCUAUUUGACCGGACGUGGUGGCUUUCCUCCUCCACCAGCCAUUGGUUCUGCUCAGUCAUGGUUCCUUUGGCCUGGUGUCGGAAUGAUGGUCUUCACUGCUUUCACUGAACUCGGAGUUCGCUACGAGUCACUCAAGCAUGGUAUUUUGUCUGCUGUCCACGAAGCUCGCAACUUGAUCCGCAAGCUGCAAAAGAAGGGAGCUGUGGAACAGAAUACUGACUAUGUUUCUAAAGAUACUACUCCUGCUCACGAAUUGAUUCCUACCUGGUGGUGGCUCAGCGGCUUGCUUGUUUCCGGCAUUGUUACUAUCAUCGUCAUGAAAGUGAGCUUUAAUGUUCCCAUCUAUGCUACUUUUGGAGCCCUCAUUCUGUCGUUCAUGCUCGCCUUUGUUGGUCUUCAAGCCUCAGGUGAGACCGAUAUCAACCCUACUGGAGCUGUUGCCAAGGUCACUCAGCUAGUUUUCUCUCGUGUUCCUGGUGCCGAUCUUGCCACUGUUCAGAAGACCAACUUGAUGUGCGCCAACAUUGCUGCCUCAGUCUGCUCUCAGUCUGUUGACAUGGUUGGAGACCUUAAGACUGCCCAGUUGCUCAAUGCUUCUCCCAAGGCCAUGUUCUGGGCCCAGGUGGUUGGAUCAGUCUUUGCUAUUGCUGUUGCCAUCCCUCUGUUCUUGCUUUACACCAAGGCCUACCCAUGUGUGCUUGAUUCAAGCAUUAAAAACUGUCAAUUCGAAACCCCUGCUGUCGUUGCAUGGGAGAAUGUGUGCAAACUCUUGACUGGUACGGGCUCCGUUCCAAGAGAGUCGAUGAUUUUGACCAUCGUCUUGUGUAUCCUUGGAGUCGUCAACGUUAUUGUUCGUGUCAAGUUCGUCCCUGAUGCAUGGAAGCCUUACUGGAUCAACCUGAACGCUGUUGGUCUUGGAUUCAUCAACCCUUCACCUGUUUACCCUGUCGCCAUCCUCUGCGGUUGGCUCGCUUCUGCCAUCUGGAAGCGCACCAACAUCAGAUCUCACGAACGCCUCAUGUACUCUGUCAGUGGUGGUUUGAUUGCUGGUGUUGGUAUCGCAGGUUUGAUCAACGCCGCCAUGACCAUUGGUGGUGUCAAGGAGGGCCCAGUCAGAGUUGGAUGCUUCGACGAGGAAUAUUGCUAAGCUAAUAUUUAUGAAGCUUAAGAAAAGAAGCUGAAUGUGUACUGUACAUUAAUAAAUAUUUUUUAAUUCUAUUG